AUGAACGAACAGGAGCAGUAUGAACCCCUUUCCUUUAAAGGCCAGAUGGCUGCCAGAUACAGGGAGCGUCUGUCUAUGGGAUUUACACUAGCAAAUGAUAACAAGGGUGAGGCCAACGACACCAGCGCAGGUCCAGCUGUUGCAGCCACGCUAUCGGAUCCCCCCGGUGCUCUGAUUAGGCACGGGAUCUUCAGGGCUGCAGAUCAGACCAUGGACGCCAGCGAAGUUGCCCCCGGCACGUCACAUAACUUGACGGCCACAGUAGCGUUGCCAAUGGCGCCACGGUCUAAGUCAUCGCUAGAAGACAACCAGACGAUAGUGCCCAAGCCAACAAUGAAAGAUCUAAUUACUAAGUUCGAGACCCGCUUCAUCACCUCCACUCAGCUGAGGCAAAACACCGAAGAAGACGAUGAGAAACAUCGAAUAGCCCGCGAUGCCUGGGGCAGCAGUUGUCCUAGAAUCAAGCUAGAGCUCGACCCCAGUGCAAUGACCUCAAGCUCUUCGAGCGACGUUAUCGAUUCAAAGAGUUCUCAGACCCUUUCAAAACCUCCUCAAGCCAAAACAUCACGAGCGACUCUGAGUUUGAACUACGAUACAAACUCGAGACUUCAAAUGUUGCAGUGCUUAAACAGGCCACGAUCACGCCAGAGCGGUGGCAAUGCCACAGAACAGUUAGGUAUAGAAGAUAAUUUAAAUCUGACAAACUCACACCGAUUUACAGACAGCCAAAAUAUAAAUACUGAUAAUCAACUAGAAGCAGACAACGUCGAAGAAGUACCGGUGACAAAAGAAGACACAAUGCACAACCCGUGUGUUGCCAGUAACCUAGAAUCUUUACCCGAUAAACCAGAGAGAGCGGAGAAAGAGCUUAAACAGACUUCAGACGAGCCAGAGGCCUCAGCGGUAAGAGUGAAUCUGAGAGAUUUUGCCCAACGGAAAAAGAAUGCUACAGAAAAUAAAUACAUCGUACACACAAAAGACUGGGGAAAGCGACUUUCCAAGAAAGACACAGCAAACUCUCCACUGGAUGUUGCCGCAUUUGAAAGCAUCAGCCAUAACAUAUCGACGUUACUGGAAAAUGAGAAAGAUUCGUCGCUUAAAGAUAACAAGAGCAGAAAUGUUCUGGAUGUCUAUAAAAGCGGUGUAAACAAAAUCAAACAGAACAUCAGCUCUCCCCAUUUGCCUUUUUCGAACCAAAAAGCUGAUGUGCGCAGUCGGUCCCGCCAGAGUGACAGAUCAGACGAAAGCAAAGAUGUACCCAAAGAUGAAAAGCAGCAUACCAAGGCCAUGGAGAGGUACCUGCAGUUUCUCCGGUCUAGUAACCCGCCCCCAGUGAGUCAAGUAACCAACGAUGCGAAAACAGAAAAGACUGACCUACGCAGAGCUCUCAGACCCCCGACACCCCAUCGCACUAAUCAGUUACACAAAGGCAGUGUCAGUGCUUUUAGAAACAUCGCAUAUCCUUUACGAGAAGCCAACCAGUCAACAGGUGGGAUGCCGGAAAUGCCUAGAUUACCUAGUAAGAAUGAAAGAGGUGUCCGUUUAGAGCAUUUGUUUCUGCACAGACCCAGGUCGCGGCAAUCGCUAACCACUGAAAAUAAAGAAAUAUCGAUAGAUCCAAGCGGUGGAGAUUUCUUCGUGACGCCCACGUUUUCUUCAACCAACAGUGUCGACUCCAAUGUAUGUGAGGCUAACAAUAAACUCAACACCGGAGACAGCAUUGCUCAACCCAAAACCGAAACCUCCGACAUCAGGCUACAUGGUCAAGUUCCAGUCACCAAACCAGCAUCCAAAUGGUCGACGCUACCUGGCAGGAACUCUGCAGUCAAAAAAUUAGCCAAGAACACGCAUGUUCGGCCUCAGUCUGCUCGAGCUCAUGACACCAGUGACCAGAAACAAAUCAAACAGGUAACGUCGUUUCUGCGGACGCGAUCUUCUUCGACCAGCAAAACAAUGGUCCCAACGUUGUCUGCGAAGAAAGCUAGUUCGUUGUUCUCCUCGCCGAAAAGCGUUAUUUCAGUUGCCUCGUCAAAUCCCUUUAAUGCCACACAUCGAAUCUCUCCCACUGUGAAAAGAAAACCCCAGAGGGAACUAAAACUGCUUAAGUACGAAGCUUCAGAUACAGGCUCGCUUCUCCUAACGGAAGAUGAGUUAGCCGACAAUGAUCUCGUGCCUGUCCAUCUGAGGGAAAGAAAGCCGCGAGAUCUGUCCGGGCAGCUGACCUUGGCGAUGUCAAGUUCCGAUGACAGCCAGAAUGCACGGCCGGUGAGUAAACUCGGUACACAGUUCAAGAAACUCUCAGAGGCUUCAUCGGAAAAACGCAUGCCAAGCGUGCCAGAGAUAAUAGACAGAAUGGAGCCUCAGUGCUUCGACGAUGAAGCCAGGCCAGUCAACAAGACUGUAUUCUCAAGCGAUGACUCAAAAUGUAGCAAAAAUCACCCGCAAGAAAGUAAACAGUCUGAGGAUAACAAUAACAAAUUUUUCGUUCUACACGGCAAAAGGCGCUCAACGGUUACUGCCACCAAAUGUUUAGAUUAUCCCAAGGACGAUCUUACACGCCAUAGAACGACAAGUAUGCAUCAUUGGAAGCUGCCUAACGCUCACAUGGCCUCGCCGGCUGCUGGAAAUAAAACAGGCGACUUGUCCAAUAUCCAAACCAUCAAGGAGACCAAAGACACAAAGGAGGGCUCAAAUCUUACUUCUAGUGUCGUUCCAGAUGAACGUAAGGCAGGAUACGUCACCAGGGAUGGACGGGACAGAAAAGUGUUCGAACAGUACCACCGUAGGACGCCAGAGCCACUCAAUACCUGCGCCCGAGGAGACAACUUGCACGCAGCCGGUGAAAGUUCAGUGGACAAGGCUUUUACCGGCAUGAUGGUUAAGCCAGCGGAGCCAGGCAAAGGGAGUCCAACUAGAAGAACCACACUACAGAAGGCAACGGGGAACACCUCCAGCUUCACCAGAGAGCAUGCCAAGGAGAGGAGGGGCGACGCCAGCGUGGAGCCGAACAUGCUACAAACGGAGUUAGUAUCCCGGUCCCGCGAAUCUUCCCACAGAAUGACAGACAACAUGUAUAACCCAUUCCACUUUGGGCACACACACGAGAAGGACGAAGCAUACUUUGAGGCAGACACGAAACUCGACAAAACACCAGCCGCUUCCCCUCAGAAAAAGAAAAGAAAAUCCGACCAUCCUAAAAAGCCAGCAAAGAAGAAGAAGAAACUAGAAGCUGCGGUAGAUGAUACUUGCCUUCAGAUUCGCUCCCCGCUAAGUAUGGAUUUGUUUGUGACGAAGACGCACAAGUCGAAAUCAAGAGACACCAGCAGGAAGGAUGAAGACCCAGUCGACAAAAUGGACAGAGGGGAUAAGUCAGAAAUAUGUGAACAACCUGUGAAAAAAAGAUCUUCGGGGGAGCUGUCAGUCAAAUCACACAAGAUGUCGAAGCACAGAAAAGAUUCGUCCCAAACUUGG